GGGGAUAUUUGAAAGGGGGGGGCUGGCGCGGAAAACGAAGGUUGCAUCUUGGAUUCUUGCGGAGUUCUCACUCUGGCGAGUAAGACCUAGAUCUGGGAAGGAGGCGACCUCUGAGGCAAAAAGGCCCGGAGGGACUCGUGAGCGUGUGUUCGUGCCAAGCCCUCCAACGCCAUGAGGAGCUUCAAAGGAAUCAACUUUGGGACUUUACUAAGCAACCCGAAGGAGGCUGAAGAAUUGCUGCCUGACUUGAAGGAGUUCCUGUCCAAGCUUCCGGCUGGUUCACCCAGCUGCCGAUCUGAUGCUGAGAGGAGACAAGCUUGUGAUGCCAUAUUGAGGGCUUGCAACCAGCAGCUGAUGGCCAAGCUGGCUUGCCCUAAGCACCUGGGGAGCCUGCUGGACCUGGCAGAGCUGGCUUGCAAUGGCUACUUGGUGUUCACCCCCCAGCGCUCACCGCUCUACCUGGAACGAAUUCUCUUCAUCUUUCUGCGGAACAUUGCCACACAGGGAAUCCCAGAGGCCACGCUCCGAUUUGCUCAGCCCCUCCAUGCCUGUUUGGUGCAGUGCUCCCGCCAAGCUGCUCCCCAGGACUAUGAGGCUGUGGCUCGCGGCAGCUUUUCUCUGCUUUGGAAGGUGGCAGAAGCCCUGGAGGAGAGGCGAGCUGCACUCUCGGCUCGGCUGAAGGCCUUGAGCUUUCUAGUGCUCUUGGAGGAUGAAAGUACCCCUUGUGAGGUUCCCCACUUUGCUUCUCCAACAGCCUGUCGCGUGGUAGCUGCCCAUCAGCUAUUCGAUGCCACUGGGCAUGGUCUGAAUGAAGCAGAUGCUGAUUUCCUAGGUGAUCUGCUCUCCAGUCAUGUGAUCAGAGCCUUGGUGGAUGAAGGAGGGGGUUCUCCUGGUCCUCUUUCUCCCCAGAGGGCCCUGUGUCUCUUGGAACUCACCCUGGAACACUGCCGUCGCCUCUGCUGGAGUUGCCACCAUGCCAAGGCCACCAGGGUAGUGGAGAAGGCCCAUGAUUACCUAAGAAACACCAAUCUGGCCCCCAGCCUCCAGUUAUGCCGCCUUGGGGUUGAACUGCUACAGACUGGGGAGGGAGGACCUCAAGCACUGGCCAAGCUUUUGAUCAAAGCAUCAGCUAUCCUGAACAACAGUGUGGAGGCACCAUCACCCCCGCUGCGGGCAUUGUGUGACAGCUGCCAGUUCUUCCUCUCAGGCUUGGAGCGAGGCAUCAAGCGGCGCUAUGGACCUGAUGCUGUUCUGGGCCUCUUUGCUUUUCUUGGCGGGUACUUCUCUCUCCUCCGGCUGCUGCAGGAUGGUGUGUGUGGGGACUCCUCCAAGCAGCAGCAGUCUUUAGUUCAGAUGCACUUUCAGGGACUUCAUCUCUACACUCUGGUGGUAUAUGACUUUGCACAAAACUGUCAGGUAGCUGAUGUGGCUGACCUGGCUCAGCUAGUGGAAAGUUGCAAAUCUACUGUGGUCUGGAUGCUGGAGGCCUUACAGAGCCUGUCAGGCCAAGAACUGACUGAUUAUCUGGGCAUGACUGCCUCUUACACCAGCAACUUGGCCUACGGCUUCUAUAGUCACCAGCUGUACGCCGAGGCCUGCGCCAUCUCCGAGCCCCUCUGUCAGCACCUGGGCAUGGCGAAGCCGGGCACGCACCCUAAGGUGCCUCCUGAGAAGUUGCACAGGUGCUUCCGGCUACGUGGAGAGAGUUUGAAGAAACUGGGUAAACAGGCCCAGGGCUGCAAGAUGGUGAGUUUGUGGCUGGCAGCCCUGCAGCCCUGUGGCCCCCAACACAUGGCUGAGCCAGUCACCUUCUGGGUUCGGGUCAAGAUGGACGCAGCCAAAGCAGGAGACAAGGAGCUACAGCUGAGGACUCUGCGAGACAGCCUGAGCGGCUGGGACCCGGAGACCCUGGUCUUCCUGCUGAGGGAGGAGCUGCAGGCCUAUAAGGCCGUGCGAGCGGACACGGGGCAGGAGCGGUUCAACAUCAUCUGUGACCUGCUGGAACUGAGCCCUGAGGAGACACCGGCUGGGGCCUGGGCUCGAGCCACCCACCUGGUGGAACUGGCUCAGGUGCUCUGCUACCACGACUUUGCCCAGCAGACCAACUGCUCGGCCCUGGAUGCUGUCCAGGAGGCCCUGCAGCUUCUGGAGUGCGUGCAGCCCGAGCCCCGGGCCCGGGCGCAGCUUCUGGAUGACCAGGCCCAGGCCCUGCUGUGGCUCUUCAUCUGCACGCUGGAGGCCAGGGUGCAGGAGGGUAUCGAGCGGGAUCGGAGAGCCCAGGCCCCUAAUAACCUGGAGGAGUUUGAAGUCAAUGACCUGAACUAUGAAGAUAAAGUGCAGGAAGAUCGCUUCCUAUACAGUAACAUCGCUUUCAACCUCGCGGCAGACGCUGCUCAGUCCAAAUGCCUGGACCAAGCCCUGGCCCUUUGGAAGGAGGUGCUUACAAAGAUGCAGGCGCCCGCCGUCCGGUGUCUCCAGCAGACAGUGGCCUCUCUGCAGACCCUCGCAGCCCUCUAUCAGCUGGCGGCAAAGCCCCUGCAGGCUCUGGAGGUCCACCUGCUCGUGCGGAUCGUCUCCCAGAGAUUGGAGGACCACGCGAAGGCAGCCGGCUCCUCCUGCCACGCCGCGCAGCUGCUCCUGACGCUCGGCUGUCCCAGCUAUGCCCAGCUACACCUGGAAGAGGCAGACUCGAGCCUGAAGCUUCUGGAUCACACCACUGACACGUACCUGCUCCUUUCCCUGACCUGUGACCUACUUCGAAGUCAACUCUACUGUGUUCACCAGAAGGUGACUGAGGGUGCCUCUCUGUUGCUGUCAGUGCUUCGGGACCCUGCCCUCCAGAGGCCAUCCAAGGCCUGGUAUUUGCUGCGUGUCCAGGCCCUGCAGCUGGUGGCAUUCUACCUUAGUCUCUCAUCAGACAGCCUCUCAGCCUCCCUGAGAGAGCAGCUCUGUGCCCAAGGCUGGCAGACGCCUGAGAUCGCCCUCAUCGACUCCCAUAAGCUGCUCCGGAGCAUUAUUCUCCUGCUCAUGGGCAGCGAUGUGCUCUCGAUUCAGAAGUCAGCUGUGGAGACACCAUUUCUGGACUUCGGUGAAAAUCUGGUACAAAAAUGGCAGGUUCUGACAGAGGUGCUGAGCUGCUCGGAGAAGCUGGUGUCCCACCUGGGCCGUCUGGGCAGUGUGAGCGAAGCCAAGGCCUUUUGCUUGGAGGCCCUGAAACUCACGACAAAGCUGCAGAUGCCACGCCAGUGCGCCCUGUUCCUGGUGCUGAAGGCGGAGCUGGAGCUGGCUCGCAACGACAUCGACCUCUGUCAGUCAGACCUGCAGCAGGUUCUGUUCUUGCUCGAGUCUUGCACAGAGUUUGGUGGACCAGCCCAGGACCUGGACUCUGUGAAGAAGGUCCACCUGCAGAAGGGCAAGCAGCAGGCCCAGGUCCGUCGUCCUCCGGAGCUUCCAGAAGAGGAGCCCUUCCUAAGAGGCCCUGCUCUGGAGCUGGUAGCCACUGUGGCCAAGGAGCCUGGCCCUGUAACACCUUCUACUAACUCUUCCCCUGUCCUGAAAAUGAAGCCCCAGCCCAGCCCCGGCUUCCUGACACACCUGCCCACGUGUGACUGCCUGCUCUGUGCCAGCCCUGUCCUCUCCGCGGUCUGUCUGCGUUGGGCAUUGGUCACAGCGGGGGUGAGGCUGGCCACGGGCCAUGAGGCCCAGGGUCUGGAUCUGCUGCAGGUCGUGCUGAAGGGUUGCCCUGCAGCCACUGAGCGCCUCACCCGAGCUCUGCAAACUUCCCUGAGUCACAGAGCACCCCCCUCCCCUGCCCCGAGCCUCCUGGAUGAGAUCUUGGCUCAGGCCUACACACAGCUGGCCCUGGAGGGGCUGAGCCGGCCAUCAAACAAGAGCCUGGGGAAGGUCCUGGAGUCAGGGCUGAAGUUUGUGGCAGCGAGGGUCCCCCACCUGGAGCCCUGGCGAGCCAGCCUGCUCUUGAUCCGGGCCCUUGUGAAGCUGGCUGGCCUCAACUGCUGCACUGGCCAACUUUUUGCAAGCUCCUGGGGCUGGCAGCCACCCCCCGUAAAACCAUCCCCAGGCUCAGAGCCCUCUAAGCCUCGGAGCCAAAAACAUUCUGGAAGAGGACGUCCGCGGGCGGCCUCUUCUACCCCGUCCCUCCAUAAUACCUCUCUGAAAGGUCUGGAAGGUGGAGGACUGCCCUGUACACCUAAGCCCCCAGGCCAGGCCAGACAAGCAGGCCCUCGUGUCCCCUUCACUGUGUUCGAGGAAGUCCUCUCUACAAAGAGCAAGCCUGAGGUUCCCAAGGCCCCGAGGGUACAACAGAGGGUCCAGACGCGCCUCAAGGUGAGUUUCAGUGACGACAGUGACUUGGAAGACCCUGUCUCAGUUGAGGCACAGCUUGCAGAGGAGCCCAAGAGACGGGGCACUGCUUCCCGGGGCCGGGGCCGGGCCAGGAAGGGCUCAGGCUUGAAGACUGUUUCGGUGGCAGCCCCGGAUAGUGCCCCCGGGCGACCUGGCCUUGGUGGCAGGAGCCGGAGGGCCAAGAAGGUGACAUCAGGACAUUGUGAGGAGCUGGGCUCUGAGAUCAUGAGGACCAUCCCUGAGGAGGAAAUGACUGACGACCAGAUGGAAAUGAGCUUUGAGAUCCUCAGGAGCUCUGACGGGGAAGACCCCACCUCCGGUGGGAAAGCACCAGCUCCAGGACCUGAUACGGCCCUAGGAGAAUGUGAGGUCUUGAGGCGUGAUUCCAGCAAAGAGGAACUGCCUAUCCCGUGCCCAGACAAGGAGAGAGACAAGGAUCCCGGUCCUCGGCUCCGACCCCCCUCAGCCCCUGCAGCUGUCGGUCUGUCUACCCUGAAUUCCAUCUGUGACUUACUGACCACUGCUCUCCGUGGGGUUAGUCACUGCCCUCCUAGUGGGCUCUAUGCUCAACUCUGCCGCUUCCUGGCUUUGUGCUUGGGCCACCGGGAUCCCUACGCCACCGCCUGCCUCGUCACCGAGUCUGUGUCCAUCACCUGUCGCCACCAGCUGCUCACCCACCUCCACAGGCAGCUCAGCAAGGCCCAGAGGCACCGGGGAUCAGUCGACAUGGCGGACCAGCUGCAGAGGCUGAGCCUGGAGGAGAGGCCUGGAGAUGCCCCCCUGGCUCGCAUCCAGCACCUCUUUUCCUUCGGGGCUUCAGGAUCUGGUCAAUUCCCUGAGCCUGAGAAGGAGAGUUUCCGGGAGCGCCUGGCUCUGCUCCCCAGCGGGGUGACCGUUUGUGUGUUGGCUCUGGCCACGCUCCAGCCUGGAACUGUGGGCGACACCCUCCUGCUGACCCGGCUGGAAAAAGACAAUCCCCCAGUCACUGUGCAGAUCCCCACUGCCCAGAACAAGCUUCCUCUGAGUUCAGCCCUGAAAGAGUUUGACGCCAUCCAGAAGGAGCAGAAAGAGAACAGCAGCUGUACUGACAAGCGAGAGUGGUGGACAGGGCGGCUAGAACUGGACCAAAGGAUGGAGGUUCUCAUCACUUCCCUAGAGAAGCAUGUGUUGGGCUGCUGGAGGGGACUGUUGCUGCCAUCCAGCGAGGACCCUGGCCCUGCCCAGGAGGCCUCCCGCCUACAAAAGUUGCUGCAGGAAUGUGGCUGGAAAUACCCCGACCCAACUCUGCUGAAAAGCAUGCUCAGUGGCGCCAGUACCCUCACUCCUCAGGACGUUCAGACCCUGGCCUAUGGGCUGUGCCCAGCGCGGCCAGAACGAGCCCAAGAGCUUCUGAGUGAGGCAGUAGGACGUCUGCGGGGUCAGGCGGUCCCAAGCAAGAAGCACCUUGUCUUAGUGCUAGACAAGGACCUGCAAAAGCUUCCGUGGGAGAGCAUGCCCAGCCUCCGGGCACUGCCUGUCACUCGGCUGCCCUCCGUCCAUUUCCUGCUCAGCUACUCCGUCAUCAAAGAGUCUGGGGCCUCGUCAGUGCUAAGCCACGGGGUGGAUCCACGCAAUACCUUCUAUGUCCUGAACCCUCACAAUAACCUGGCAAGCACAGAGGAGCAAUUUCGAGCCCAUUUUAGCAGUGAAGCUGGCUGGAAAGGGGUGGUUGGGGAAGUGCCAAGCCCAGAACAAGUGCAGGCGGCCUUGACGGAGCAUGACUUAUAUAUCUAUGCAGGGCACGGGGCUGGUGCCCGCUUCCUGGAUGGACAGGCUGUCCUCCGACUGAGCUGCCGGGCAGUGGCCCUGCUGUUUGGCUGCAGCAGUGCAGCCCUGGCUGUGCACGGGAAGCUGGAGGGGGCUGGCAUCGUGCUCAAGUAUAUCAUGGCAGGCUGUCCCCUGUUUCUGGGUAACCUCUGGGAUGUGACUGACCGUGACAUCGAUCGCUACACGGAAGCUCUGCUGCAGGGCUGGCUUGGAGCGGGCCCAGGAGCCCCCCUUCUCUACUAUGUCAGCCAGGCCCGCCAGGCUCCCCGACUCAAGUAUCUUAUUGGGGCUGCACCUGUGGCGUAUGGCUUGCCUGUCUGCCUGCGAUGACCCCUUGGAGCUGUCCUAGGGCCGAUGGAAGCCACGUGACUGCUACCUCCUGUGAGAUUCAACCCUUAGGAUAAAUAUUUUAAGUGAUUUUUCCCAGUGUUUUAUAUGAAAUCUUUCCCUUUGAUUUAACCUUAAUAUAAUAAAGAUGUGGUACUUAAA